CUGCUCUUUUGCAAAAGCUGCAGCCGCCAUCUGUGGAUGAACUUCUUCACGGCAUGGAGAAGGUGGUGGUGGGGCUGAGGAGUUUUUGCAGCUCUGCAUCAUUUCCUUUCUCAUCACUUCUGCUGUUGUUGGCGUGUCGACCUGAGCUCAAGCGUCUUUUCUAUCCUCCAUUUAUCCUCUUCAUCAGUUUCCCCCCCCUAUGAUGGAGCUGAGCUUUGUUCUGAUCAUCGCAGCUUGUUCACUUGUCUCAGCAGAUAAUGAUAACACCACAAAUACAACCAGACCGCCCAAUAACACUGCCACUGCCUGUCCCUGCAACAAUGUGCCUCCAGCUGCUCCUGCCUCCCCCUCCAGCAGACCGGCUCCCCCCCUGGGCAUCAUAACAGUCAGUUGGACAUAUAUCUGCAGAGGUCAUCUGGUCCUUAACAUCAACAGCUCUUCCCUGCCUGUCUGCCACCGCAAUGCAUCCGUAUUUAACACGAUUCUCGGAAAUGUGUGUCAGAACAAAAGAGGCUGUAAAGGUUUGCCUAAGUGGGACAGUAGCUAUGAGAGGCAGAAGAAAUACUACAACCUCACUGAGGAAGGAUCCUUGCUUGUGCUUGCUCAAGAGAGCCCAACUUCCAACUGCAAGGGAGUUGAGAUCAGAUGUGAAGUUGAGAAGCUCCCUGAUUUCGAGGGGCAGCUGUACGCCUACAAGGUGGUGACUGCUCUGCUCAGCAUUGUGCUCAUCGUCCUGCUGCUGAUGCGCUUUACCCGGCCCACCGUCACGGCCCUGCAGAAGAGACUAUCAGACAGGAGGCAACAUCGCUGGGUGGGACCAACACAGAGCCACAGCGUCUCCUACCAUAGAGGGAAAAGUGCAGUUAAGAAUGAGGACGAAGAGAAGAGAUUUUCAUACCCAGCUUUGGAGCGUCUGACAGUCGGUGGCAGCAGCCCUUCAUGUAACAGAAACUCCUAUAACUUCUAGUCCUCCAUCUCCAGAUGUGUCUUCUCCUUCAUGCAGAACAUCUGCUUUCAAAUGUGACGCUCUGGAUUUUACACACAAACAUAUUAGAGUGAUUAGUCCAUCCUAAAGCCUGCAGACUGAGCAGCACUGACACGGACAGAUUUCUAAUUGUUUGUUUCCUGUAAACUCAGAUCAGACUUGUUGUGAUAAGGCGCUGUAUAAAUAAACUGAACUGAAUCAAACUGAAUCAGUCUGCCCAGUGGAGCAGACUGAUUGCGAUGUUUUUAUUAAAAUAAGAUGUUAACGUUGUAAAUGUUUCCAAAUGGAUAAAAUUAACAUUGAAGUAUUUGCAAAU